AUGAGCGAGCAACUUCCCCCGUCUGGCCCCGGUGGUGGCAGACAUGACGUUGGCAGCACUGCUCAGCGCCGCCGCAAGGAAGCCUGGCGCUCUAUGCACCGUCAAAAUGCCCCCCAAGUCGCUGCCCAAACUGCUCACGACGCUCGCAUCGCUGCGCUGAUCGUGCGGGCUGUUCAGCACCAGGUCGACCAAGAGGGAUUUCAACCUUCUGCUGCUCGUGAUGCCCGUGCUGCCGAGCUUACUGUUCGUGCAAUCGAGGCACAAGUGAACCUAAGAAUAGAGCAGGAUUUCGGUGCACGUGGUGGCUCAGUCCGUGGGGACCAGUUCCGGGGCCGAGGUCGAGGCCAAGGCCGUGGUGAUAUGCAGGGCGGCCAUCAUGGUCGUGGCGGCGGCGGCGGCGGCGGCCGUGAUGCUACUCGUGAAGGUGGCCGUGGCGGAUAUAACCGCAGGGGUAGUUACGGUGCUGCCUACCGCGCUGGAGUGGUUGACGCCGGCCGGCAAAACCCCCCUAGUGACCAAGUUCGUAUCCACCAACACUCCGGCCAUCAAGUCGUCCGCGGGGUGGCCCCAACUGGACCCCGGUCGUGGACCAGACACCAAACUCGUCUGGAAGAUAUGGCAGGUAAGAGUAAUUUGCUUCUCUAA